UCUUCUUCUGGGUCUGCGAUGGCUAAUUUCUUCUCCACCGUAGGUUCCUGCGUUGCUGCUACGUUGGUGUAUCGCUCUAUGGCCUACAACCUCUUUCCGCACCAGGUCCAGGAGUACUUCUUCGCAUCCAUCAAGCAUUACCUCUCCGGAUUGACCUUCCGACUCAUACUCGUGAUUGAGGAAUACGAAGACCUCGGAAAGAAUGAACUCUAUGAGGCGGCUCAGCUGGUGUUUUCUACCAGGAUCUCGAACAACUUAACCCCACUGAAAGUCUCAAAACCUGAGAAGCAGCUGGAGAUCGAUGUUUUGAGGGAGACCAAAAACAGAGAUUGUGGAUAAGUUCAACGGGGUCGAGCUUAGGUGGGUCUACUCAUCGAGAAAGGUCGUUGCGGGUAUCAAGGUCAAACAUGAAGGGGAGGUGCCGACUUAUACUUACAAAAAUCGAUACUUCAAGCUGAGCUUCCAUAAGAAGCACAAGAUUAUGGUGAUCAAUUCGUACUUGCCUCACUUGAUCGAAGAGGCAGAGUCCCUGAAGAAAGGGAAGAAGACCCCGAAACUCUUCACCCCUAGUAAAGGAGGUUAUGGUUAUUAUGGCGACAGGCCCAGGUUGUGGACCUCAGUGAGUCUUGACCACCCGGCCACGUUUGAAAUCCUCACAAUGGAACUGGCAAUUUUAGAUGACCAUGAUCGGUUUGUGAAGAGGAGGCACUUCUAUCGGAAAGUAGGGAAGGCUUGGAAGAGAGGUUACCUUCUCUAUGGGCCUCCUGGGACAGGGAAGUCGAGCCUGGUGGCAGCUAUGGCCAAUUACUUGAAGUUCGACAUCUAUAAUUUGGAGUUGACAGAUGUAUUCAGCAACUCAGAACUGAGGAAGCUGCUAGUUGCAACAGCCAACAGGUCGAACCUGGUGGUGGAGGACUUCAACUGCUCAAUCGAGUUCCACCAUCCCGGAACCAAGUCCAAUGAAGGGUUGACUGACGAGGAAAAAAAGAUAAUCUGCUAUACAAUUCAUGAUGUUCUGAGCCAUCUAAUGUUUGACGGAAUUUUCUUUGACAUGCAGCAACAGCAUCCUGAGGUCACACUGUCUAAAAUGCUCAACUUCUUGGAGGGGUUAUGGUCGAGUUGCAGUGAUGAGCGGAUCAUUGUGUUUACGACAAACCACAAGGAGAGGCUGGACCCUGCCCUUCUAUGCCUGGGACCAAUGGAUGUCCAUGUCUUGACGUCCUAUUGCCCUCCCUGUAGGCAGCUCGCAUCUAACUACCUAAACCUUACUGACCAUAUCUUGUUCGGAGACAUUGAGGAUCUGCUAAAAACUGCAGAGGUGACACCUGCUGAAAUUGCAGAGCAGCUGCUGAGGGGUGGGGACAAGCCCGGCUACGGGACUUGAUUGUGUUCCUUAAGGAGGAGAAGAAAGAAAAUGAGGAACUUAAGGCCAAGAUGAAUAUUCAGAUAAAGAAAGUGAAGACCAAUAAGAAGAUUGAAGAAAAAUCAGAUGAAAAGGUCAUGUUCAAGGAGAUCGAUGAUCCGAUCAGAAGCACAAAGGUUACAACGGCCGAAAUGGUAGAGCAGCUGGUAAAGCAUCAGGGCAAGCCUACUGAUGCGUUUAUGGACUUGAUAGAGAUCCUCAAGGCGAAGAAGAGGCAAUCUGAAGACUUUGCAGCUGCUGGCCGAUUGAAGAGGAUCAAAUUGAAAUGAAGAAAGAAGGGGUGAAAGAGAUUGAUCGUUUGAUGGAUGAUCAUACCGAUUA